AUGCGCUCCGACUCGGUUUCCAAGCCCCGGUCGGCAGAAACAUCGCCGCUGCUAGACCCGUACAGAGUCAGCGACGUGACCGAACUGGACCUGGGUGCCGGCUACAACACAGCAACCAAUGAACCCAUCUCCGACAAGGCCCAGCUCCACACCCUGUCGCUCUCCAGCACAGCCCUGCUCAUUCUCAACAAAAUGAUCGGAACUGGAGUCUUCUCCACCCCCUCAGGCAUCUACCAACUCACCGGCUCGGUCGGCAUCUCUCUGGUGCUGUGGGUUCUGGGAGGAGUUCUGGCCUUCACGGGCCUCAGCGUCUACCUCGACUUUGGACUGCGAAUUCCAAAGUCGGGAGGCGAAAAAAACUACCUGGAACGAGUCUACCGUAAACCGCGAUUUCUGUCCACCGUCAUCUUCGGCACGGAAAUCGUCAUGACCGGAUUCUCGGCCGGAAACGCCUACGCGUUUGGAAAGUACAUUUUGUACGCCGUGGGACUCGAGGACCCGUCCGACGGAGCCGUCCGAUCGGUCGCCUGUCUGGCGGUCACCUUUGCAUGCCUUCUCCACGCCACCGCCCCCAGACUGAGCACCCGUCUCAGUAACAUUCUCGGCGUCUUCAAAGUCCUGGUGCUCGUUCUUAUUGUCUUCUCUGGGGCCCUGGCUGUCCUCAACUUUGUCGAUAUUCCAGACAAACCCCACAACUUCUCAAACCUAUGGGAAAUCGACCAUACCGUGUCCCCUGGUCUUUCUGGCUCUCCUUACGCCCUGGCCAUUGCUCUACUUCGAGUGGCGUACUCAUACAAGGGCUGGGAGAACGCCAAUUACGUGCUGGGACACGUGAAAAAUCCCUCCUACACCCUCCCUCGCGCAGGAACCGCGGCAAUCUCCAUUGUGACAGUUUUGUACUUUCUCUGCAAUCUGGCUUACUUUGCGGUGAUUCCCAAGACCGACAUUGCCAACUCGGGAGUCAUUGUCGCGGGCGAAUUCUUCACCCGUGUGUACGGACACUCACUAGCGGCUAGAGCUCUUCCUUUUUUCGUGUCGCUUUCAAACAUUGGAAAUGUGCUGGCAGUGUCUUAUGCUCAUGGAAUUGUAAACUAUGAGGUAGCCAAGGAUCACAUUUUGCCGUUUACGUCCUUCUGGACGUCGCUCAAGCCGUUUGGAACUCCCGCCGCAGCGUUCCUGCUUCAUUGGCUCAUUACGGUGGUGGUUCUGGUACUGCCUCCUGCUGGAGAGGUCUAUGAAAUCAUCAUCGACAUGUAUACCUAUCCCGGCACGAUUAUCAACAUUUUUGUGGCCGCUGGACUGCUCUAUCUGCAUGCCAACCCACUGGAGAACUGGUCUCGAGACAAGUACUCUUCUCCUAUGAUUGUGACUCUGGUGUUUCUGGUGCUGCAGCUGUUUAUGACUUUCUUCCCCAUGAUCCCUCCUCCCCAACACAACGGCCAGCUACCAUACUAUGCUGUUCCUUUGCUGGGAUGGUUGGUGGUGCUGUUUGGUUUCGUGUACUUUGCGGUGUGGAGAAAGACGGAGAGACCGAACCUGUUGGCUGCCAAAGUGAAGCAGGAGGAAAUGGGGGAGUUGGAGGAGCAGUAA